GGUUUGUCUCUCCGCCAUCGCGGAGGCUGCGUGGUGUAAAACUUUCCCUUCCAAGCCGUAGACGCUCUUUAUUCCCUGUGCGAGCAAGACCUGCACGCAGGCACCCGUUUUUUUUUUGUAUUGUUACACAGACCUUCUUCGGUGGAGGAAAGCGGGGCCAGUAAGCGGGGCAGUGCAAAAGUAGCUCCAGAGUGUUCCGUGUACUACGUGAAGGUGCGUGAAGCGAAUUAGUGCCGUCGAUUGAGCGUUGUUUCGUCUCCUGGAUUUGUGUGUCUGCAUAUCUGUGCGCGUGUGUGUGUGUGUGCUUGUAACUAGAUCUCCCUAUCGAGUGACGGCAAAGGACUUCUGUUCCGUUAAAAAAAAAGCCAAAGCAGGAAGUGUGUAUGUGCUCGCGUGUGUGCUUGUGUAGUUUGUACAGUGUGUGAGUUGCAUGUGUGUGUGUGUGUGUGUUUGUGAGUGUUGCUGUAUAUAAAAAAUCGGCAUCAUUACGUAAGUUACUCUGGUGCGCCAACGUUCGAACCGAAUCAUCGCAGUAGGCUUCCCUUCGAUUGACGGUGGCGUUCAGCGUGAAAGUAGUGAAGCUGAGAAAUCAGUGCUAGUGAUCGGAAUGGCCGAGGACGACAGUCAGGGUACGGUGUAAUUGUGUGCAAGUGAAGCAUUCCGUGUGAUGUGUGCUUAAAUUAAGAGGAGAAUUUAAAAGGAAGAAUAACAAAAAAGAAGGAUAUAUCCCUUUAGUUUUAGUGCGCUGUAUCGUUGCUUUGGGAGUGAGCAAGUGCGGGUUGGGUACGGUAGAGCUGAAACGUACUAAAUCCUUUCUCCCAAGCCCGUGCCAAACGUGAUCCUUCUUUCGUGUUUUGCCCAUGUCGGUCCACCGACUAUUGUGUGCUGCUUAGUGAGUGCAGAAGCCAGUGCUCCGGUGAUGCAGAAGAGAAAGUUGGAAAAGUUUCACUAGCGUACCGGUCCACCUUGUUCCACCUUGUCAGAUAAUCGAAUGUCUGGGCAAGAGGCCACAUGCAAAACGUACACACAUCCAGCCCCGGAGUGCCAAAUUGAGUUAGAUCGACCGCAUGUGUGUGUGUGUGGGUGAAUGUUUGUGUGUGCGCGAGUGUGUCUAGGUGGUACCACUUCCUCGGGCACGAAUCCGUAGCAGGGCGGCUUGCAAUCUAAGCGAAUUAAAUGCUUGAUCCGAGCGUGGAACAAGUUUACGCUCGGAAAUAAUUGAAGCCUCACACCUACCAGCUGGUGCUCAGGUGAACCAGAAGAAAGUGCGUGAACCGUUACGGCAGACCUCGGGUACCUCGAGAGUGCAUCAGCUUUCUGUUCUUGUUCGUUCGGUUCGGCCGCUACGGGGAUAAUACGUUCGGAAAACUCUUUAUCCGAACCUCCUGUGUGUGUGAAGCCAGGUGCAGUUUUUCUUCCGUCAGCUUUGGUUGCGGUGCCGUUUCAUCCCGAUGCAGGUGAUGGUAUGGUGGUAGCGGCCAGUGGUUGUGGAUGGUCCGAUGCCAAGCCGCGUGUCGUUGGCAGCAGAUACACAGCACCGUGCGAGCGAUUGCACACAGAUCGUCACCGAGCAGGUCGGAUCGUUCGUGGAAAAUGCUCUGCCCCUUCCAGGCUGCUGACACUACUACCGCCCGUGGCACAGUAACUAGCGGACGCAAUCAACGUAUUGAGAGUUAGCGGCCAUCAUGUCAACAGCCAAACGGCUGGUGCUAUCGUUAAGAGGUCGUAAAGAAUCUCACGGCACCGCCGGCACCUCCUCGACCCGGCUCGUCUCCGCCAACAGCACGUCGCCCGGCCACGAGCUCGACGAGAUAGCGGUGGUUUCGGUCGGCGCCGAAUCCGGCCACGUCUCCUACGGCAGCUUAUCCCUCGGGCACACCAAUGGACCCCGCUACAUACCAGAUGAUGAUGACGGGAAUGCUAGUUUUGACAGCACCAAACUGUCGAGACAUCAUUCGCACUCUCUCAACGGUACGGACGCGGCAAUAAUGCAUCUAGCGCCGCCGCCGCUCGAAGCCGUCGGAUCCGAUUUCAAUACGAUUCAAUCGUCCGCGGACCAUAACCGAAACUCUGUGAGCCGUCAAAGUCUCAUGGAUAUCGUCAGUUCCAAGCUAGGCAUGUCCGGCCCCCAGCUGGGCCAGAGCAUAUCGCAGCAAGGAUUCUUCUCGUCCCGUGACAGCCUCUCGGCGUCCGGUACGUCCCGGCCCCUGCACUCCCAUGUAUCCGCCACCACGUCCGAGAUGGAUCUGUCCCGGAAGGACAGGAAGCGCGAACGGAGCAAGCUGAAAGCGGCCGAUCCGCCCCUGCUCGGUUCCUGGAGCCGGACCGGGCCCCGCGAAUCGAACGCGAACGCGAUGGGACCGUGCGCGACCACCCGGGCCUCCACCAACCAUCUGGCCGCCGCACCGUGCGGCACCGGUAGCACCUGCAACGGCGCGGAUCGAUACAUCUUCGGCCGCCGUUCCGGCUGCUCGACCACGUCCCGCAAAUCGAACGGCCG